UGUCACAACAGAGAGGUCAGUCAUCAAUUUGCAUAUUAUUAAUGCUGAAUAUAACGCAACACCGAUAAGUGUGUAUGAUUUAUCGGAAAGAUAUUGCGCCAAACAACUUGUUACAAGAUAAUAAGCUGCAUGAAGAGUGAAAGCGUUUUGAUAAACACACAUCAAGUCAACAGUCCGAAAGUUCCAGGCUUAGUCUUUGAGAAUCCUUCAUCUAGUUACACCUUGAAUUCCUAAUUCUUACUUUCAUUCCUACAAUGCAAAGUCUUUUGUCCUUUGUAGUGUUUAUGGUUCUGUCGAUGAUCUCUCAGCCUUCAACGGAAGCGCUUAGAAUUUUGGGAUUAAAUUCUGUUGCUUCACUAUCUCAUCACAUAUGGUUCACCGAACUUAUGAGGGGCUUAGCUCGCAAUGGGCACGAAAUUUAUUCCAUUGAUUUUUGGCCGGCUCAAUUCGAAAAGGACGAUGCCAUCUCAGAAAACCGGACCACUUCUUUUGUUUUUGACAAUGUGGGCGAAACUUUUUGGAAAUCACACGAUCUUGGAGAAUGGUUUCACGCCGGUUUUCUGGAAACAAUAUUUAGAAUGCACCAAGUUUCAAAUGAAUUCUGUGAGUGUAUGAUGCACACCGAAGGUGCAAAGCGUGUUUUGGAGUUGGUGAGGAACACAAGAAUCGACGUCAUAGUUCAGGAUAUUACACUCGGCCAGUGUUUUUACGUUCUCCAAGAGGUAGCUGUAGGACAUCCCCCACUUGUCGGCUUUACACCUCUCGGAUUACCGGUUUGGGUUACAGAUAUUGUGGGUGGUAAUGACUGGCCAGCCAUUAAAAGUCACCCUUAUAAUCAUCGUACGCCACCAUUUACUUUUUGGGAACGAAUUGAGAAUGCCAUUUAUCACAAGAUUGAGCAUCUACUUAGAAGAUAUGAUCACCUACCAAUCCAACAGAAAAUUGGGGAGAAAUUUAUUGGGCAAAAGCUGGAGAGAUCCAUAGAAGAGAUAGAAAAAGGCAUUACUUUUGUACUUACAAAUUCAUAUCCUACCAUGGAUGCUGGAAUAUUUUUACCACCAAACGUUGUCGAAGUUGGAGGGUUGCACAUUACAGAUCCAAAGCCAUUGCCUCAAGAUAUGAAAACAUUUCUCGACAAUGCGGAGCAUGGGGCCAUCAUUGUAUCAUUUGGGACUAACGUAAAGACUAACACACUUAGCUUGGAGAAGUUGCACAACAUCGUAUCAGCGAUGAGUCAAUUAAAGCAGCGAGUCUUGUGGAAAUUUGAUGAUGAUUACCUGCCGGAACAACCAAAGAAUGUCAUGAUCCGCAAAUGGCUUCCACAAAGUGAUAUUUUGGCUCAUCCCAACGUUCGAGUUUUUUGGGGUCAUGGAGGUCUUUUGAGCAGCCAAGAAGCAGUGUGGCGAGGAAUUCCUUUUGUUGGAACGGCGUUCUUCUUGGACCAGCCCACAGUCAUUAAUCAGCUAGUUAAAAAGGGAGUUGCCUUGAGAAUAGAUUCGAAUUCUUUAACGACAGAGAAGAUCUUGAAGACAUUGAACAAAAUUCUCACGGAUCAAAGUUUUUCUACCCUAAUGGAGAAGCUAUCUAGAGAAUUCAGGGACAGAUUAUCAUCCCCGAUUGAAACUGCAAUCUGGCACAUAGAACAUUCCUUCCGCCAUCCUCAAGGGCCCUUGAGUUCACCUGGCAGGAAUAUGAGCUGGGUACAGCUGAAUCUCAUCGAUUUUUACGCGGUGCUGCUCACUAUCUUUCUGUUAAUACUCUGGAUAUUCGGGCUGCUUCUUCGGGCGUCGAUUAGAACGUGCUCUUUGCAUGCCGCAAAGAGAGUUGAAUCCAAAGUCAAAUACAAUUGAAUCGAUAACACGUACUAUGUAUCAUCUAAAUCUUUUCUAUGUGAUAUCUCUUACUCAGAAUGAAUGUUGUGGAAAACAGUGCACCUAAUCUCUGGCUCGCAGUCUAGAUAUAAUAAAAAAAAGGUCAUUUAUUCGUUAA